AUGGACCUGCAGAUCAUACUGGACCACUACGCGCGUGCCUCGUACGUUGUGGACUACGUCAACAAGGACGAUCGCGGCAUGUCCAACCUCAAGCGCGCCGUGUCCGACAUCCUCAAGGAGAAUCCCAACGACGACUACGAGGCCGUGAUUCGCAAGCUCCGAGUGGACAUGCUCAAGGCAGUUGAAAUGUCCGUGCAGGAAGCGGCCUGGUUCCUGCUCAGGCAGGACAUGUCUCACAAGAGCAGGGACGUUGUGUACAUUCCCACUUGCUUCCCCGAAGAGAGGGUGCGCGUGCGCAAGACGCGCGAAGAGCUGGACAAGCUCCCCGCCGCGUCCACCGACGUGUGGAAGCUCAACAACGUGCAAAAGUACGAGGCCAGGCAGCAGCCCGAUGAGCUCGACGAUGUGUGUCUCGCCGACUUCGCCAGCAAGUACAGGAUGGGCCAGGGCGGUCGGUACGUGCUCCGAGACAGGCCGGUGGUGAUACGUUACCGCAACUACAGUCCCGGCGACGAUGUGGACUCGUAUAUGCGCGAGCAGGUGUUGCUGUACGUGCCCUUUCGGAGCGAGGCGAUUGACGUUCUGGACGGCAACAAGUACGUGAAGCUGUACGAAGACAACAAGGAACUGAUCGAGCGCAAGCGCAAAGAGUACAACCCGGCCAACGAUGACGUUGUGGUUGGAGAGUUCGUUGGCCAGUACUAUGCCGAAAUGCUGCGCAUGCGCCAGGAACAAGAACAAUCGGAUGACAGUGACGAGACGGUCACGCCGUGCGGCGCAGUGCGCAAGCGGCAGGGCGUCAUGGAUCGAGACGCGUACCUCUCGAUGAUGCGCAGCACAAACGCCGAGCAGUACGAGUUGCUGCGCGAGAUUCUCCAUCGCCACACCACUCCCGGCCAGCCUCUCCUGCGAGUCUUCUUCACCGGCCCCGCCGGUUGCGGCAAGACGUUCGUCCUCAAGCUCGCCAUGGACGUGUACAACAGGUGCAGUGGCGGUGGUGGUGACUCGGUCAUGGAAGUGGACGUGCCUUCGACUUCAUCGUCUGCACUGGCACCGGUAACGUCAUCGUACAACGCGUACGUCAUCUGCGCCAGCACGGGCAAGGCCGCCGUUGCAGUUGGUGUCACCACCGUUCACGCCGCCUUCAAGCUCGUGCGCAGUGCCACUACCGCUGGCAGGCAGGCGGCUCGCAUCGGCAUCAUGGGAGACGGCGGUCUGAGCCCCAGCGAUCUCAACACGUUUCGAGUCGCGUUCCACCGAGUCAAGUGCGUCAUCAUCGACGAGGUCAGCAUGAUGUCUGCCGAUCAACUCAGAGCCGUUGACUGCCGUCUGCGCCAGAUCACGCAGCGUCUGAACGAGCCCUUCGGAGGUUUGGACGUCAUCCUCUGCGGCGACUUGCGUCAGCUACCGCCCGUGCGCGCGAGCGAAAUCUACAAGCGGUGCCGCAGUGCGGACGGACUCAUCGGACACACCGUGGUCACGUGGCAUCAUCUAGAGUACUUUCCCCUCGUGCGAGUCGUUCGCCAGUCUGACGUCGGCUUCUCCAACGUCCUCACAAAGAUUGGAGACGGCCGCGCGCUGGAACCGGACGAGGUGCGGCUGCUGGAAUCGCGCUUCGUCACCGCCGCUGGAGCCAUGGAACGCGCGCCCUCUGCCGUGCGCAUCUUCUACUCGAACAACGAGGUGACUCGCUUCAACGAGGCCGUUGCGCAGGCGCAGGGAGACGGCGGGUACCGAACGCUGCGAGCUCGGGACGAAUUUCUUGGGUGCAAGACGCCGCACCUGCUGGAGAACGCCAAGCGCAGGGUGGAGCGGAUGGUCAGCAGCGAGUUUGCAAACCUCCCGCGAGAAGUGUUGGUCGUGAUCGGCAAGCCCUACAUGAUCACCUCCAUCAUUGACGUUGUGGACGGUUUGGUCAACGGCGCCGUUGGAGUCUUGCGCAUGUGCGAGUUUGAACAAGGAGGAGAAGAAGAAGAAGGAGGAGGAGGAGGAGAAAUACGCGCGAGGCGUCUCUGGCUAGAGUUUGACGUGCCCGGCACCGGCAAGUUGACUCGCGCGCGCGCGAAUCGCGCCGUGCACGAGGCCAAGAGCAACGGCUACGUCAUCAGAAGCGUCACCUGGGUACCCAUCGAAAUGCAGUCUCUCACGCUCACCAUUGACCGCAAGGCCGGCAUUGCCUGCAAGCGAACGCAGUUUCCCCUCGUCCAGGCCAGCGCCAUCACGGUUCACAAGUCUCAGGGGGGAACGUACGACUCGGUCGUGUACGAGUACGCCAGGACGCACCCGCAAAAGCUCGUCUACGUUGCGCUCUCGCGCUGCACCAACCUCAACGGCAUCUACCUCACAAACUGCGACGGAGACCACACCUUCUACCAUCGAGAGGCCAACCAGGACAAGCCCAUGGUGGACGAGUUUUGCAGGCUCGAGAGUCACCGCCUGCACACCGUCACGCAACGAUACCUUGCCGCGUUGAAAGAACAGAAACUGUCUCGAGUGGGCGAAGGCGGCUCCAGAGAGUUUACGCUCGCGCUCCUCAACGUUCGCUCUCUCUCCGCCCACGCGCUGGACGUUGCCAGAGACCCCGUGCUCGGCAAAGUUGACCUCCUGUGUCUCACCGACACUUGGAAUAACGGCACUGCUGCCGGUAGUGGUUGUGAGGACGCUGUGGUUCGCGGGUACGACGCUGCUGCGUGCGCGCGCGCCGUUGCCACUCGCCGAGCGGGCGGUGUGGACGUGUUCCUCAAGCGAUACCUGCCCUUUAGCGAAGAACUGCGACAGCAACGGCAGUCCUCGCUUCUCGUCCUCGAUCGCCGCGUCUGCCCUAGUGUCAGUGGUGGUCUGUGUGACGGUGGUGCCGACGACGCCGUCAACGAGUACUACUUUGCUCGAAGCGUUUGGAACUUGUCGAUCGAAACCAAGAACUACCCGCUAUGA